UUCUAACUUUCUUCACACUUUAAAUCAUAAAAAAAGAGAGAGAAGAGGAAAAAGAACAAAAAUUUCUCUCCUUAUCUUCAUCUUUUCUAGAGAGAGAAAAAAGAACAAAACUUUCUCUCCUUAUCUUCAUUUUCGUUCGUGACAAAAAAAAAUCUUCAUUUUCGUUUCCCUGAGAAAACCCUGUUUCUAAAAACACUCUGUUUCUAAAAAAAAACUCUGUUUCACCAUCUUCAUGGAAGGAUCUGAAGCUGAUAAGCUUCCUCGUCAAGGCCUAAAGGCUCUGUCUUUGAGCGUUUCCUUCAAUGGGUGGAGAAAGGCGAACUCAGCCUACAAGUCUUGGGCUAUAAAAAUGUCUCUUUUGCACAAACCCACAUGGCAAAAAGCUGGAAUCUUCGAAGCAGUCAUGGCAUCUACUAUAGGAUUCAACCAGAACACAGAUCUCCUUCUGGGUAUUGCUGAGAGAUGGUGUCCUGAAACGAACUCCUUUGUGUUUCCUUGGGGAGAAACAACGGUAACGUUAGAGGAUGUCAUGGUUCUUCUAGGGCUCUCUGUUUUGGGUUCCCCUGUUUUUGCUCCUCUGGAUGGCUCAGGAGAGGAGAUAAAGGCCAAGCUGGAGCAGGAAUCGCUCAUGCUUAAGACAGAAAAAGUCAGUUCUAGGGUAACUCAAGCAUCUUGGAUGAGGAGGUUCAGGGACAGUGGUGAUGAGCUUGAGCAUGUGGCUUUCCUUGUUUUGUGGCUAAGCUACUUUGUGUUACCAUCACGGUACUAUCAUAUGGAUGAUGCUGUUUUCUCAGUUGCUAUUCUUCUUUCAAGUGGUGUUAGGAUUGCUCUUGCUCCAGCUGUACUUGCACACUUGUAUGCUGAUCUAAGUCUCUUGAAAAACCACACUAGUGCUUUCACUAGAUCUAAGUAUGUCAACAAGAUUGAGCUGAAUGCUUUGUUUAAGUUGGUCCAAGCUUGGACAUACGAGAGAUUCAAGGAACUACGACCGCCCAAACACACUACGCCGUUGCUGAAAGGUGAGCCAAGGUUGGCUCUUUGGAGUGACUCUAAACGGAAGCAGAGAGAAAAGAGCAUUCAGAGAAAGAUACUUGCAAACUCGGAUAUGGACAGCUUUGAGUGGCGUCCUUACACCAAACCUGUGGGAAACUGGAAGUUUCCUCAGUUUUACCCUGAGAAAGCGAUGCGGGUUCAGGUUGAUCAGAAUCUUGAUGAGGAACUCAUCUCCUUUGCUAGAUGUAUCAAGGCGUCUGAGCUUGUUGGAAUGGAUAGUGUGGAACAUUACUUCCCCAACCGAGUGGCUUCACAGUUUGGGUUGCUUCAGGAUGUUCCUUGUCGUCCUGUUAACAGGAACAACCUCUCCAAAGAGGCAGCUUGGAAGGAGUACAACAAGCCUAUUGAUGGAUUGACAUUGUACAUCCCUUCUCGUUCUUCCGUAUCUUGUUUCACUUCAAUGUUCUGGGAGUGGUGGAGGAAGGAUCAUCGAGCUGCUGAAUCAUUGACAUCAAGAAACAUCAUAGGUGAUGGUGAUGAUGGUACAUCUGACCCUGUUCCUUCUAGCUCUAAGAAACGGAAGUCAAUGAAGAGAGUUUGCAAGGACGAGGAGACUCAUAUGGUUCCAUCAGAGACGGAUGAGGAAGAUGAUAGCUUAACCAUUGCUCAAGUAAUGAGUUUGAGAAAGAAAAAUAAAGCUAUGUGCUGCUCAUCUGAUGAAAACCACUCCUUAGAUCCUCCUCCUAAGGUACUGCCAUUAAGAGAAGUGCUUCAAAAGCUGGGAAAAGAGUUUCCUGAAAAACUCAAAAGGUCUAGAUAUCUUAGAACAGCGACAAAUGUGAGAUCAGGGAUAGCAGGUUCUGGUGGAUCAGCUUCAAGAGAAGUGCCACUCAAUGAGUUGUUUCAGAAGGAGGAAAUAGUACUGAAGAGGAAGAGUGAGCAUUUGGGAGACAAGCGAGCCCGUGAGGAUGAUGGUGAGAGUUGUAAGGAUUGUUAUGAUAAAAUUACCACAACUGAGAUGGUCAUAGACAGAGAGAAAGGUGUAAGAGAUGAUUCUGAAUCACUUGGAAAAAGAAACAAUAAACUUGAGGCAGAUAACAAUGAUGCAUUGAUCCGUCAAAAGGUUGCUUAUGAGGAUGAAACUGUAGCACAGCGAGAAGAAACGGGAAACAAAGCAGGUAAGAAUAUGGUUCUGAGCUCAGCUAACUGUAACAACUCUUCAGAUCUUCCUCUUGGUGCCAAUGGAGGAGGAGGAGUUGACAUUGUUGUGUUACGAGUCUUACGACCAGAGACAAGACAAAAGUGCAAUGCUGAGAUAGGUGUAAAUGGAAGCAACACUGAGAAAAAGAAGACUAUAGUCGCUGGUGGAACCAAGGAAGCAAAGUGUGUUAUCCACAAAGAUGGAGAGAACCAGAGAUCCAAUGAGAAGGAAAAUGUUGAUGAAAGUUCGAAGGAGAAAAAUCUUGCAAUAAAUGAGCUAACAUUAAGCCUAGAGGCACGUAUGAUGAAGGUGGAGAAGACUUUGGCAAAGAUCAGAGAAUGGAAAACCAUAGAAAGAAACCAGGAUAAAAAUGGAAUUACCGCUUAG